UUAAGGUUACACCUGGUAUCAUUCAAUCUCAAAUAAUUUGUAUUCAAACUGUUAAAUAAUAUAAAUAAAAAAGCUAAAUACAUUUUUCAAAAAUUGUAUGUUUUUGAGUCAAAUAUAUAUUCCAAUUCACACCAAGGCUGUGUUGAAACUUAUUGCUGUGCCACAUAGAGACAUCUGCUGGAUUUAAAAAGUCAUUGCAGACAACAUUGAAUAUUGGCAAGUUGACAAAUUGAAGUAUAUGAAAAAAAAACACAUUAAAUAAUUAAAUAAGUGCUUCAUUAAAUCAUACAAAAAAUUCAAUACACAACUGUACCUCUAAAUAUGUCAUUAAAUAAUUCAAAGUCAUUCCAUGCAAGUGCUGCAUUUAUUAUUUCAUCAUCCAGUGUUGCUGCCUUUAAUAAAAUAAUUUUAUCUGUCAAACUCACUCAUUAAAGUCAGUGGGCGGGGCUAACUCAAAUCCACUUAAAUAAAUUGCUUUGGCUUGAUGUCAUCUGGUACAAUGCCUAUGAGCUUUGUUGCAGCCUGGUGAGAUACAGUUUUUUAAAUAAAAUAAACAGCUUUAGAAUUAAACCUUGAAGAAUUCACACUUGCAUUAUCACAAGGAAUGCACCUUUUUUUUUUUAGUUAAAGUUGAACUUUAUUUGGCAAUACAUGUUUUUUAUAGUGAUCUUUACUAAAAAUCAUGUGCAGAAAUGAUGACACCUACAUUUCUGGAAGGAGUAACGAAAUACUCUAAGUCAUCAAAGAUGAAGAAACAAAUCCAUCAAGUGAACACUCAGCAGUUCAACAAGUGCAAGACCCACAAUGUUUCUCUUUUUGGGAAUGGUGACCAUUGUCAUACUUCAGUUUGAAGGAAUCAUUGGAAGAGAGGAGUAUCUCUAUGGAAGAGAUGGAGAUAAUGUUAUUUUACCUUGUACAUCAUUGAGACAUUGGUACUACAAACUGGAAUGGCUGUUCAACAGAGAUGCAAACAGUGAAUUAUAUGUCGCUGAAGGAGAAGUUGACCAGCGUGCAGCUGCAGCUUCCAGGCUGAGUGUGAGCAGAGAUGGUUCUCUGCUCAUCAGGAACAUCACUGCUGAGGACGCUGGGUUGUAUGUCUGUCGGCUCGGGAGCAUACAGUAUUCAGACGUAUACUUAAACAUUUUGAGCAUCUCUCCAUCUCUUCCACAAGAGGAUGACAGUGUCACAUUAGAGUGCUCUCUAAAUAGACAUAGUCACCUCAUUUCCUGUGAGCAAAACAGCAUCAUCUGGGCGGAUGAAACAGGAAAUGUGCUGCUCGGGGAAAAUGUUGAGUAUGAGUACAGAGGACGAAAAAAGUGUGUUUCUGUUCUGACUGUGAAGCGCCACAGUGGAAACAUUUUCACCUGCAAAUUUGUUGAAGACAACAGAGUAAAGAUUGAUGCUGUUUACACACCAGCCUUUAUGGAUCUUCCUGGUCACAAUCCCAUCAUCAUCAUCGGAACAGCGGUGAAGGUGGUGCUGAUAUCUCUGGGUGUAGCUGCUGCUCUUCUGACAUACAUGAAAAUGUAUGAUGUCCUCUCUUCUUUGUCUCAGUUUGUGAAAAUAGCUGUUGACACUUCUCGUUUUAGAAAUACAAUAACUCUUGUAUUUUCUAAAUUUUCUCCACCAGGAGGAAGAACAGCUGUGGGUGAUAUCCAGGACACCCUGGGAUGAAAAAAUGCAGCAAAAAUCGCGGAAGAAUUUAAACAGUUAAAUUUUAAGUUAAUACUCAUAAUUAUGAUGACGUGUGCUGCUGUUAUUUUGGUCAGGUCGCCCUUGUAAAAGAGAUCUUGAUCUCAAUGGGUCUUACCUGGUUAAACAAAGGCAAUCAUAUCAAUACAUAGUUUUAUUACUG